UGACACUCAUGUGACUUUCUCUACCAUCUGCUCAGAGGAUUUAUCUCUACCUGUCACCUCUGAUUUUAAUCAGGGGAUAAUCAAACCAAGCAGGGAGCUCUUAUAGAUUCCCUCAUCCUCCUAAAGGCACUGACUGAAUGAGGCCAUAAAGCCUCCACAUUUAAACUGCAGUGGGUGCAAACAACUGUUCACUACGUAGGACAGGAGAGAUCUCAGGGCAUUGGAAAGCUGGCUCCAAAACACCUGGAGUCACUUUUGUUCAUCCCUCUCCCCCAGACAAGGUUCUUUGAAUAGAACAACAUUGGAAUGGCUUAGAUCAUAAUGUUCCAUCACCAGGGUAACGUUCCAGUAGGCUGAUGCAAACCAGUGGACUUCAAAUAGGCUUCCGGUUGCUGUACAGUAAAGUUCUAAAAUUUUGGGAACAGAUCUAAGCUCAACCUUCACCGCGGAGCCAAGCCCAGUCAGACCUUUAAGCCAGAAGCCAAGUUCUCAGGACAGUAAGAAUCACUUGAUGUUUAGUUUGUCAGCAUAAUGACUUCCAAGAGAAGAACCAGUGAAAUAAUUAGAAAGCUCAAAGAAGGCAAACGCUGUCUCCUGGAGGAGAUAAAUGAAAAGCGUGAAUCCGACUGCCUUGUGGAAAGAAGCAAUCAAGUCAGUUUACUGAGAGUUCAAAAGAGGCAUUUCAGUGGUGCAUACACGUCUUCUACUCACACCCAAAUCAAAGAAUCUGUUCCUGAUAGUGGCAGGAGCUCCUGGGUCACACUGAGUCUCCUUGUUCACACGGAGAAAAAGCACUUUCCCCCAAAAAAUAAUGCCAUAUUUGGAUAAAGUGCAUCUCCAGAGACACAGAAAUAUAUUCCCUUUGAUCCUUCUCUAAUGUCUGUCUUACUGACAAAUAUUAA